AUGGCAUCCAAUGUAGAAGAGGGCUUUACCUCUGACGAGAUGUUUUUUAGGGCCGGAGAUGGUACUAGCCAGUAUCCUUGUCCCACCUGUUCCACGCCAUUUGUGAAGGUGGAAGAACUUUGCACUCACCUUACAGAUGAUCCACAAUGCAAUGCUGUACCCAUCCCUCAUGCACUUCGCCAACCUGCUGGUCCAGGUGAAGAACGCAUGGGUCGCUAUCACACGAAAUCCGGCUCUAUUUACGGGUUUCAACGGCCAAAUACGUUCGAGCGCAUGAAGGCUCAUGACUAUGAGUCCGCUCGCGAACAUAAUGUGUACUACCCAUUUUCUGGGAGGGAGGAAUGGGAACUCGCCAAAUUUCUCAUCGAGAAUCUGAAUCAGGGGCAAAUAAGUCGCUUUUUGAAGUUAUUAUGGGUCAAAACACGGCAACAGCCCACAUUCAAAACUGCGCCCCAACUGCUAACCUUUAUGGACGCCCUGCCAAAGGGACCACAGUGGCACUGCACAACAAUCGAGACAGAUGGUUAUGUUACAACGCAUCCUGUGCAUCUUAUCUGGCGUGAUGCUUUGGAGGUAACGAAGCACAUAUUUGGCAAUCCGAUUUUUGCCAAUGACAUGGAAUUCGAUCCAUAUGAGAUAUUUGUUGACGGAGAACGGGAAUAUGGUGAAUGGAUGUCGAGUUCGCGUGCGCAUGAUAUCCAGGCUUGUAUUAUUUUUUAUGACGAGCUUCCACGAGGUGCUACCAUUGUGCCCAUCGUUCUUGCAUCGGACAAAACUCCUGUCACUCGACACACAGGAGGUCUCGAGAUGCAUCCCACGUUCCUUACUAUCGCUAACAUCCGAUCUGACAUUCGCAUGAAGGCUACGGCUCACGCAUGGUCGUGCAUCGCGUAUAUGCCCAUUCCUCAGUUCAUUUGCAACCCUGAGUUCUCUUCACUCUUGCAAGCCCGUGUGUGGCAUCGGUGCAUGGAUAUAGUCUGCGUGAAUCUCAAGGAGGCAGCCGCUGUAGGCGCAAGUAUGGUGGACCCAUUGGGUCUCUUACGCUAUGGAUUUACCCCCCUUGUCGCAUAUACCGCCGACCUCCCCGAACAACAGAUGGUUUCAUGUCGUAUCGAUCCCUGGAAGGUCCAGGAAUUUCAAGAAGCAGCCAAAGCAUCACAUCUCAGCGGGGUGCAGCUUCCCUUCUGGCGUGACUGGCGCUUCGCUGAUCCAGCCAUUUUCCUUGCACCUGAACUUCUCCACACAUGCCAUAAAUUUUUCUUUGAUCACAUCCUCAAGUGGUGUAAGGAAGUUGUUGGGGCUGAUGAACUCGAUACUCGCUUUCGUUCGCAACAUAAACGCAUCGGAACCCGUCACUUUGGGCAAGGUGUCUCCCAUGUCUCGCAGAUGACCGGUCGGGAACAUCGGGACAUCCAACGCACAAUCGUACCUACAAUUGCAGGUGUCGUCGAUCCUGAUUUCGUCCGCGCUGUUCGCGCGAUGGUCGAUUUCAUCUACAAAGCACAGGCUCCAACUUUCACUCCAACAUCGAUCGCUGACAUGACCUCCUCCCUCCAAGAGUUUCACGAAUUCAAACACACAAUUCUCCGUGCCGAGGCUCGCCGAGGAACAUCGGGUCCUAUUGAGCAUUUUGAAAUUCCAAAACUUGAGCUCUUAGCAUCAUUCGCUCGAGCCAUCCCCCAGCUUGGCUCCAUUAUACAAUUUACUGCUGAUUGCAAGAAUCCAUUUGAGCACACCAGCCACCAACGUGCAACGUUCACUCAGCAAGUCGUCCGUCUCCUGGACUGGGAAGAGACUGCACGCCAGUUCGACCUCUAUGCCCUCCUCCGCUCAAACGACAUGUCCCUCAACAACCUCAUCGUCAACGAAUUCGACGAAGUCGUUGACAUGGACCCGAUGUUGGGUUGGAUCAUGCGCGUCGCUCCCGAAGAACUGUCUCGGUUUCAAGGCCCACGUCCCAUUCGCAACCAUUUCCUCAAAGGCCUGCUGUCUGAAGACAGCAGGGUCGCCUUUCAUAUCACUGUAUCCAGUGACCACACCAACAAGACAGCACCUUUUUUGGCGCGAUUAUACCAGCUUCCUGACUUUCCUCUGACGCUUCGCUCCUUCAUUGAAAGUGUCAACCCUACGCUCGCAACUCGUUUCCAGAACCGACUGCUCAACGUCUGGAACAAGUUUCGUAUUCAGCUGCAUUCGACGUUGCGUCCACGUCUCAUCAUGCCGAGCCAGCAGGUACAAGCAUAUCCGCCAUCUACCAAUUAUCCUCAUGGAAAUUGUGAUGCUGUCCUGCUGCAGAUGCACAGUGAAGGUGAAGAAGGUGAAAAUCUUGCUCAAGUUCGCAUGGUGUUUGGCUUGUCAAAGAAAGGCCCACCGUUGCCUGCUGAACUUGACCAAAUAUUCCUCUAUGUACAGCUCUUCGAAGUCGUCGCACGUCCUCAAGAUGAUGUUGGAGUCAUGAUGUUCCGCGUUAAGCGCCGUUUUGUGACCGGUCCUGAUGGCACACAAGUGCGGGUUGGCAUGAUCAUUCCUCUGCUCGAUGUUACCCAUGCAAUCGAGCUCAUUCCUGUUUACGGGGACAGAGCUAAUCGUGCUGUUGACUCCUCGACGUUCCCUUCGUCUCAAUUGUGCUACUAUGCUACUGUGCAAUUGCCUACGUGGCUUCACAUGCAAAGGCAAGUUAUGCUACAACCUUUCAAGCUUCCACUGCUCAGGAAACCCAACCCAAAACUUGUUCCCGCAUUAAAGCAGGUCGUUCAGACUCCCGAGAGCCCGCCGACUUCAACGCUCGAGCUGGACAAUGACGACAACGGCGAUAAUGAUGACGAGGAGGGCAAAGUCGGUGCGGAUCCAUCGUUUGAUUGUGUUUUUAAUGCGGACGUGGAUGCUCUGGUGGCGACCACGCGGCAGUAUGAUUAGUGUGGUAGAUGCAUGCAAUUUUUGUGCCGGAGAAGAUACGAGGCGGUAUACUUCCAAUCCGUUUUUGAUAAUUCAUCUAUGUAUAUUCACACGUGUGAUUACUUGAGGGAGUGCGCACCUUCUUGAUGUUGUCGUGACCCCCAUAUACAUCUAUCUGCUCCAUUUACCCCCUCCACUCUGCACCUUCCCUAAACCCUAUCCAAGUUUCUUGCCCUGCAUCGCUGCCAUGUCUUGGACUUCGUUCCUGGUACACGUUGUGCCAUGGCUAUAAUUCAUGUCGCCGUCUACUUGACUUUGAUGAGAAGCAGUCUGCUGACAACUUACCAUAUAGUGUAGCGUUCCAGGUGAGAAUGUUUGGAGGUCCUCGGGAGUAAACCUCC